AUGUCAAAACAACCAGAUAAUACGUAUGUACCAAAGUUCAUCAAGGAUACGCCGUGGUAUGCUGGGGAACAUCAACGUGAAGAAACGACCGAGAAAAACAUCAAAGACCGGUUCAUCAAGCAUAAGGGAGUGGGAAAGGAAUGCAAAAAUUGCGGAAUGCCUCAUAAUGAGAAGGACUGUUUUGAAAAACCGAAAAGGCGGAAGGUCAAUAAACAGUCGGAUACGAUAAUGGUACGAGAUACCGAUGAUUGGGACAGUAAACGUGAUAAAUGGUUUGGAUACAAUGCUGAUGAAGAAUACCAAGAACAGCUAGCUAAAUGGAAUGCAAAUGAAGCCAAGAAGCAAAGAGCGAAAUUACUGAAAGACCUGAGUGCACAAGUAGAUCUACUAUACAGUUGGAUGAUCCAAGGUGGGGAAGUAAAUUUAACAGAAGCUGAGCAAGUUGAGUUGGAAAAGGAGAUUUUAGAUGAAUAUUGUGGAGAAGGGGUCAAGAGAUGUUUGCAAGACACAGGUGAUUUGGCUAAUGAAGGGUUUGUAGGUGAAUCCAAAGUAAACGAGUUUGAAGGUAGUAAGGUGUUUGCAUGGGGAAGGGAGAAAGGGAGUGAUACCACUGUGGCUAUGAAAGGUCCUGGCGGAAGCCAUGGUUCAGAUGGGCAAACUAAAAACCAAGAUAAAUCCGCCAUUGAAGAGAAACGCAGAAAAUUACUAGAAAAGUACAAAUAA